GUCUUCUUCGGCUAACUUGACAGACUGAAGCCUCAUUGUGUUUACUUCCUGGGUGAGAGGUGAAAUCCGUUCAUGCGAGGUUUCUUUGGUUUGUCUUGUUCAUGGAGAAGCUUUUAGUUGUUGAUUUUUUUUUACUUUGAUAGAAAUUGUUAAAACUACGUGACUCGGUAAGGAAGCCAUCCGUUUAAAAUAUGUCGUCAAUCAGACCUGCUAAGGAGGAGAGGGAUGAGGACUCUGAUAAUGCUAAAGGAUUCUCUGGCCCUGCUUUGCCCCCUGGCUAUAACCUGGGAGAACCGUCGAGCUCGUCGGAUGACGGUGAACAGGAGGUGGCGGCCAAAAGAGCCAAAACAAGACACACAGCUGCAGACAAGGUGGAGAACACAAAGGUAAUAAUAAAAGCUGAUGAUGGUUUCUUUGGACCAGCCCUACCACCAGGAUUCAAGAAACAACAGAGUUCACCAGAAAGACCGCCUGUGCUGGGACCAGCUUUGCCCCCUGGGUUUCGGAGAGCGGUGUAUGAAAACGAUGAUGAUAAGGAUGGGGAAGAUGAAGAGGAUUUCCCAGGGCCUGCCCUUCCCCCUGGCUACCAGGCGGAGUCCUCCAGCAGCGAGGGAGAGGAUGAUGAAGUGAUUGGACCCAUGCCGCCCAAAGGGCCUGUUGAAGACUCCGUGGCUCUGGACUUUGAGCGCAGAGCACGAAGAAUGAAAGAGAAGCUGAUAGGAAAUGACACUCCUGAGGUGCUGGCCAGAGAAACAUGGAUGACAGAGCUCCCACCAGAACUGCAGCACAUUGGCUUGGGGGCUCGAACCUUCAAGAAGAAGUCGGGUCCAGAGAACAAGGAUCGCUCCAUUUGGACAGAUACGCCAGCAGACAUUGAGCGCAAGGCCAGGGAACAUCUUGAGCGAAAGAAGAAGGGUGAGGUGGAGAUAGACGAUGUCCCACAAGUCUCCAAGAAGGACGUGGAAAUGGCAGAUAAAGUGUCUAAGUAUAAUGAUUCCAAACGUGCCGAGUCUCUGGUGAGUAUGCACACAAAGAAGAUGAAGGAAAAAGCCAAGGAGAAGGCUGACAAACCAGUGGAGAGGAGACCAUUCGAUCGAGAUGAAGACUUGCAGGUGAAUCGCUUUGAUGAGGCGCAGAAGCAGCGGCUGCUGAAGAAAUCUCAGGAACUGAACACACGAUUCUCCCACAGCAAGGACCGAAUGUUCCUGUAACGAAUUGUCAAAAUGUUGGAAAGAUGUUUGAACGGACAGACCUUCAGUUACUGUCCGGCUGGUUAAACUUUCAUACAGGUUUUGUAAAAUAUGGACUAUGUUUGUACAGAUACACAUGUCACAAAUUUAACUAAACAGACUAUAAAGAUGUGGUAGACAGCGACUGGGUGCAAUGCCACAGCAAAUGUUUUCAAACUGAUUCAAAUUUUUAUAAAGCAGCAGCCAGUGGAGCUUGUUUUUUUUUUCAGGAGACACUGAUUUAGGGCUGAUGAUAUGGAAGGAAUUAAUAAAUGACAUUUUCCUACAUUGAUAUGGUUGAUUUUGUGUACAGAUUGCUGAAAAAUGCAGUUAUGCCGCAUGCACUCCCUGUAGCUUUGCAAUCUUCGAUGUGUCUAAUAAACUGCUUUUGCUAAAAAAGUU